CCUGGUUUGCAUGUGUCUGUGUGAAAGCUGUGGACUAUAAAGAGGCAUUCACAAGCCUGGCCGAGCACACACACUCCUGAAGCAUCAGACCUCAACGGACACACAGUCGUCUCUGCAGCACAGCCCAAAUCAGCCAAGAUGUGUUGCAAAGGUUUCCUCAAGAUAAUGAUGUUCAUCUUCAACGGCGGCAUCUUCUUGGCCGGUGCAGCCCUUCUGGGAGUCGGCGUGUGGGUGAAGGUGGACAGCGGCUCUCUGCUGGGUCUGCUGGACCAAGUGGAAGAUGCCCCAGAUCAGGUGUACCAGCUGUUCAACGUCGGCUACAUCCUGAUCGGCGUGGGCGCCGUGCUCGUGGUCAUCGGCUUUUUGGGAUGCUGCGGCGCCAUCAGAGAGAGCAAGUGCAUGCUGCUGACGUUCUUCAGUAUCGUGCUGAUCAUCUUCAUCAUCGAGGUCGCAGGCGCCGUGGUGCUGCUCGUCUUCCAGGAUCUGGCUGGUCAAAUUUUCGACAGUGUGGAGAAUGAAAUGAGGACCGUGAUCCAAAAAGAUUACGGAAAGGAUGAACAAAUGACCUCUGUGUGGAACGCAACCAUGGAGGAGUUCAAGUGCUGCGGAUACAAGAACUACACGGAUUUUGAUGGCUCUCCCUUCAACGAACUUCACGGAGGAGAGCUGUACCCCGUGACGUGCUGCUUGUCUAAUGUCACCGUGGGGUUAUGCAACACAAACGCAGCACAUAGAUCGAAUGUCCCGGGCUGUUUCAAUAGGCUGGUGCAGCUCUUUGAGGAGAACGCCGUGAUCAUCGCUGCUGUAGCUAUGGGAAUCGCUGCUCUGGAGAUCGCCGCCAUGGUGGUUUCUAUGGUUCUCUACUGCAAUGCCGGGAAAAAGUCGUGAUGAUUCCAGCUUGGGGUGACACAUAAAAACGACAAUGUCGUUCGUUCUGAUAAUAAAGCCGUAAAAAAAAAAAAAAAGUUUUGCUUUAGUUUAAUUCAAGCCGGCCUGUCCAUAGAUGAACAGAUGAUGCUCUUCAUGCCUUUACUCGCCGUGCCCCGGAUUGUACAUAAGUUUGAAUAAUAAGACGUUGUGAAUUUUAAAGAAAACCUGUUUUGUUUACGUUUAUGCUGUGAUUUAUUUAAAGUUUUAGGAAGUGUUUACCUCGGCGGACGUUGCGUGGGCUGAUGUAUUCAAUAGUGAGCUGCAAUGACGCACAUUGAGUGGCAUCUGCUGAGCUUUCGUGUGGGUUUGAUCUUACUCACAGUUAUGCCAAUUUAUUUUGUAUGUUUAAUCACGUUGGGAUGAUGAAUGUAACUCUUGUGACUUGUUCUAGAAACGUGCUUUUGUUUUUUUUAAUAAUAUGUUUGUACAGGGUGGUGCAAUAAACAUGAAUGACUGAA